AUGACCCGUUCCCGCCGGCAAGAACGCCUCUCUGGCGGCCGGGCGAGUUCCGAAUCCUCUGCUUCGACCUCGCCCGAGCGCUGCCCCGACGACGACAACGACUCUUUCAUGUUGCAGGCCAACGAUUCGCAGUCGUCCAUCGCUCCUUCCACCUCCGAGGAAGAUGUCUAUGCCCGCGAGAUGGAGGAGAGAUGCCGUCUCUCGCCCAUCAGCCGCCUUCCUGCCGAGCUCAUGAUCUCGAUAUUCGCAAAGCUCUCGUCGCCCGCAGAUCUCAAGUCCUGCAUGCUCGUAUCCAAGGAUUGGGCUCGGAAUAGCGUAGGCCUAUUGUGGCAUCGCCCACAGACCAACAAAUGGCCAAGCGUACACACCGUCGUCCAAGCGAUUAGGAAGGUCGACAGCUGCUUUGACUACCAAACCCUGGUGAAGAGACUCAAUCUCUCAACGCUCGGCGUUGAGGUCAGCGACGGCACUCUGCAGCCCUUCUCGAGCUGCAAGAGGAUCGAGCGCCUGACCUUGACCAAGUGUGUCAAGCUCACCGACCUCAGUCUUGAGGCUAUGCUGGAAGGCAACCGCAGCCUCCUGGCCUUGGAUGUGACCGAGUUGGAGAACCUUACCGACCGGACCAUGCUCGCUCUCGCAAAGAACUGUCUGAAGCUCCAGGGAUUGAACAUCAGCGGGUGCAGGAAGAUCAACGAUGAGUCUUUGGAGGCCGUUGCCCGCAGCUGCAGGAAUGUGAAGAGGCUUAAAUUCAACAAUUGCAGCCAAAUCACCGACAAUGCUGUCAUGGCAUUCGCAAACAACUGCCGUUACAUUCUGGAGAUAGACUUGGAAAACUGCAGGAACCUGGAGGAUGCCUCAGUCACUGCUUUGAUCAGAGAGGGCCGCCACCUCCGGGAACUCCGCCUAGCGCACUGCUCCCGCAUCACGGACCACGCCUUCCUCAACUUGCCGGCGGAUGCCACAUACGAGAGCCUCCGCAUUCUGGAUCUUACGGAUUGUGGAGAGCUCAACGACGUUGGCGUUCAGAAGAUCAUCACGGCCGCCCCACGCUUGCGUAACCUCGUCCUGGCAAAAUGCCGUCAGAUCACCGACCGUGCCGUUGCGGCGAUCACGAAGCUUGGCAAGAACCUCCACUACAUCCACCUUGGCCACUGUUCGCGGAUUACCGACACCGGUGUCCAGCAAUUGAUUCGGAUGUGCACUCGUAUCCGCUACAUUGAUCUCGCCUGCUGUCAGAAUCUGACGGACAAGUCUGUUGAACAGCUCUCGACGCUCACCAAGCUCAAGCGGAUUGGCCUUGUCAAGUGCGGCAACAUCACCGACAAGAGCAUCAUGGCGCUUGCCAGGCAAAGACUCCAGGGUGCGAGUGGACAGACCGUCCCGUGCUCCCUUGAACGCGUGCAUCUCAGCUACUGCACGCUGCUGACGCUAAAUGGGAUCCACGCUUUGCUCAACAACUGCCCUUACUUGACUCACCUGAGUUUGACAGGCGUGCAGGCAUUCCUGCGCGAGGAUCUCUUGGUGUUCUGUCGUGAGGCCCCACCAGAAUUCAACGAGCACCAACGCGAUGUGUUUUGUGUGUUCUCCGGUAACGGAGUUACUCGGUUGCGCGACCACCUCAACCAGGAAGACACCAACCCCACAUACGAAACCGACGGUACCAUGUAUGACGAUGCCGACGAGGCCGACAUGGUUGUCAAUGUCAAUGUGCACCAGCAAGUAACGGCCAUGAUGGGUGCCACGGCCAUUGGCGAAGAGAUGGACGAAGACUUUGGCGACGGCAGUGAAGUGCUGGGCUAA